AUGAUUGUAUCGAAUGAUGAGGAUUUAAGACAGUCGAUUCUGAGAGAGGUGCCUGGUAGUCCCUAUACUAUGCAUCUCAGCGGGAACAAGAUGUAUCGAGAUCUUCGGGAAUUGUACUGGUGGCCAGGGUUGAAGCGUGAGGUUACCGACUUCGUUGCUCACUAUUUGACUUGUCAGCAGGUUAAGGCUGAGCAUCAGGUACCUUCGAACAGAUGGUCAGUCCGGGAGGAGUACUUGCCGUUAGCGGAGUUUGCCUACAAUAAUAACUUCCAGUCUAGCAUCCAGAUGGCACCUUACGAGGCACUGUACGGUCGUAAGUGUUGCACUCUUUUAUGUUGGACUGAGUUGGGCGAGCGACAUGUUCUGAGUCCUGAGUUGGUCUCUGAGAUAAAGGAUAAGGUUAGAUUGAUUCGGGAUCGUUUGAAAGUGGCUUCUGAUAGGUAG